GCUCAAAUGCGCGCGCAUUUGAGCCAAGUCCUCCGAGGAGACAUCCAUUCCAACGAGCCGGGCUCGGUCGCGCAUCAAGCGAACCAGGCCCUGAAGGUACUGCACACUUUGCGCCGUGAGCCGGAAGAAAGACCGCAGGGCGAUUACCACGCCGGAGGUGAGCUGUCCGCGGAAGGGGGCCAGCGCCGAGGCCAGAGCCUCCGUCCCGCCGGGCCAGCUCAAGCCAUCCGGGCUCAGGGCCUCGACAAUAUGCCGAGCGAAGUCCGCCGGAUUGCACACUGUCUGGACCACCUGCUCGGCAAUCUGCGACAUUGUCCCCUCCACGGCCUCGGCAUCACCGAAGUCCAACAGCAAAAGCUGAUCCUCCAGCGUCGAUUCCACAGGAACCCCCACGGAUGAGCCGCAGCCGGCACACGAACCAACACCAGCAGAGGCAGUGGCAGUCACCGGGGCAGGGGCCGAAGUCAAAUGGGCAGCAGGGGCAAGGGAACUCGGGCGAUUGGCCGGCGCAUCGGCCGCCGGGAAGAGCCGGUCGAAGAGCGCGCGCGCGCGCUCCUCCACCGAGUCCAUCUGCCAAGGGAUCGCGGCCGGGGCUGAUGCAUGGCCGGCGGCGGCCGGCCCGCUGGAGGUGGGCAAGGGCCCCGUCGCCAUCGUCGAUCCGACAGCCGCACCCGCGGGCGUGGCCGCGGGCGUGGCCGCCGUGUGAACGCCUGGGCCAGAUGCUCCGGCGAGGCCGCCAGCAAAGAGCCGCGCCAGGGCUGGGUCCACCUGACGCUGGACGCCGGCCGAGCGAAGCUCCGCCAAGACACCCUGCAGCGAGAGCCCCGACACCAGCAGGGCCUGCGGAGCAGCCAGCAGGACCAAGCCCCGAGCCGGGGUAGCGCCCCCGCGCCCGGGCCCGGACACCAAUGCAUCCAAAUGCAACGACUGCAGGCAAUCCGCCACCUCCGCGCAUGAUGCCGGGCGAUCGUGCAGGGGAGUACGACCCCCCACAACACUGGGAUCCCCACCGCUCCGGCCAACAGACCAAUCCAGCAGACUGGUGGCAAUCGACAGCAGGAAGAGCAGCAGCCCGGUCGAGGGGCCGGCCGUGGUGCCGGCGACCACCGGAGUGGCCUCCAUCCCGGCCGGCGCCUCCAGGGCAGCCGGCCGCCGUGACCCCUGAUGCAGCGCCAGGACCAGCUGAAAUUGCGCCUCCUUCAGCUUGUCCGACACUUGAGCCAGCUCACGAUCGACCUCUCGCAGCCGGGCCAGCUCCUCGGACUGUUGCUGAUUCUGCUGACGCAAAUGACUCAAUUCCAGGCGCUGGAGCUGGCUGGUUUGCUCGGCGGCCGCCUGAUUGGCCGCCUGGCCCGAGCGUUGCUGCACCAGGCUCGACAGGAGCUGCCCCAUGCGAGCAUGCUUGUCCUGCAGGGAGGCCAUCUCGGCAGCCAGGCUGCGCGACCGGGCCGUCACUUCCUCGGCCUUGGUGGUGGCCAAGUCGGCGCAGGUGGUCAAUUCGCGCUUUUGAUCUUCCAGCAAGUGCACCUGCCCGAAGAGGGCCUGCUGUUCACGCUGCAUCCCGGCAUGGAGAUGCCGGAGUUGGACCAAAUCCUCCUGGAGCUGCUCGUUGCGCUGGCGAAGUUGCGCCAUCUCGGCCAGGGCGGCAUCGCGCGCACGCGCCGCCUCCUGAUGGUUUGCGGCCGCAUCGCGCGCCAACCGCAGGGCACCCUCCAGCCGGUGGCCAGACAGUAGCAGCCCUUGGAUUUGGGCCUCCCGACGGGCCAGCUGCUGCCGGGCCCCACCGAGAGCCUCCCGCAGCAGGGACAAUUCCCCGGCGAAGUUGUCUCGCAAAAGUUGCACCACCGGCCGGUCGGCCUCCCGGGCCAGGGCCAUGCGUUCGAGGUCCGCCUGUGUUCCGCGCAAAAGUUGCCCCUGCUGUGUGAGGCUCGCUUCCAGCUGCCGAAUUCGAGCAUCCUGCCGAUCCAGGGUGAACUGUUGGAGUUGAUUUUGCAGGCGCAGCUCGGUCAAUGCCUCGCUGGCUUGCUCAUCCAGGGCCACUUGCCGCUGGGCGAUCUCCAACUCCUGGGCCUGGGCUGCCUGUGCUCGACGGUGUUCGGCCGCCAGACGCCGCUCCAGGCAUGCUACCUUGCUUGUCAGCGCGUCGGCCAGAUCUCGGUGUAGCCGUGCUGCCCGGGCCACCGGAUCGUUGGUGCCCACGGAGAAGUCGACGGUCGGGCGCAAGCCUGCCACAUUCACGGGUCCGGCCUGCUCAAGCAGGCUGGUGGCGAAGCCCGGCAGGGCUGCCAAACUCCCACGCAGCAGGGAAAUCUGAGCAUCGGCCCGGCGUUCCACAUCGUCCGGCACAUUGGCCGCCGGGACCGGCGCCUCCGACCGAAGUCCAGAGGCCAUGGAUGCACGUGCUGGCCGAGUGCCAGCCCCACCCGGGGGGAUGGAAUCUCCCGGGCCAGCUCGGCCAUCAAAGCGCAAUGCCGGCUGGGUGACAUGGAUGAAGGCAUCCUCCGUCGGCAUCGGGCCAAAGGACCCGCCAGCCGAGUAGGCCGAGGCCCCGAAGGAAGCGCCAAGGGGCGGGACAAUGGGCGCGGCUCCGGACAGCCGCGUCCAGCCGGGCCAGUCGCCGGUCAUGUCCAGCAGGAGACCGGCAUCGGUCUGGCCGGUGGGCAUCGGGACGUUGUUGGUGGUGGCGGUGGUGGCGGUGGU